AUGCGUUUCUCUUCAGUGGAGUUUCUUGCGUCCAGCUUCCUCGCUGCGUCAGCAAGUGCUCGCUUUGUCAUGUACGCAGAUGAAUGGCAUCCUACUCGUCCUACCACUCCUGCAGAUCGUGCUGGCAUCGAUCAUGUCGUCCUCGCCUUCGCCAUGGCCAAUGCCACGGCUCAGUUCCAGCCCAAGGUCCCCAUCACGACCAUUCGCUCAGAGUAUCCUAAUGCAAAGGUUAUGAUUGCUGUGGGCGGCUGGGGAGACGAUAUCGGAUUUGCUGAAGCGUCACGAUCAGAUGCCACCAUCGCCAAGUUCGCAGCCGAUAUCGCCACCAUGCUCACCAACACUGGUGCUGAUGGAGUCGAUAUUGACUGGGAGUAUCCAGGUGGAAAUGGUGCCGACUACAAGCAGGUCCCCAACUCAGAAAAGGUCUACCAGAUUGAGGCCUACCCGAAGACACUAGCAGCUGUUCGCACUGCAAUUGGAGACAAGCUCCUCUCGAUUGCAGUCCCAGGCAAAAAGGGUGACAUGAUUGGCUUCACACAAGAGACUGGUCCCAAGAUCUGGCCUUCCGUUGACUACAUCAAUGUCAUGUCUUACGAUCUCGCCAAUCGCCGUGAUACUGUCACAAAACACCAUUCAUCGGUGGCCGGAUCCGAAGAUACCAUCAAGAACUAUCUUGCAAUCGGCGCUCCACCAGCGAAGAUUAACCUUGGUUUUGCCUACUACGCCAAGUACUUUACCACUCAAGGGGACUGCACAGCGAACCCUCUAGGUUGCCCUAUUAUGGCUGCAGAAGAUCAAGUUACUGGAAAGGAUCUGCUCACCUCUGGAGCCUGGACUUUCGAACCGUCUCACAUGAAGCCUGUCGACAGCUCUGCUCUCCCCAUUUCAUACGAUGGGACUUGCGGCCCUGACAAGGGCACUAAAUGCGCGUCAGGGUGCUGCUCCCAAUACGGAAACUGCGGUACUUCACCUGAACACUGCUCUGGAGCCUGUUGGCACGCGUUCGGUGUUGGAUGUACUGACUCUGAUGUUGCUGGAUCGUGGCAACUGGCUGCAAAGAACGGUGUGACCGACGAGACCGAGGGCGGCCAAUACUACUUUGACAACACAAACAACCUAUUCUGGACCUGGGACACACCUAAACUUAUCACGAGAAAGUUUGAGGAUAUUGUCAAGAAAUACAAACUUGGUGGCGUCAUGGCCUGGAGCUUGGGUGAAGAUAGCUACGACUGGAGUCACAUUCGUCAGAUGGCUUCUCAGCUCCAGGGAACCAGCCCUGGGGGUGACUCGCCAACGCCUGAAGAGGACCAACCCAUGCAGCCCACAGAGCCCAUGCUUCCAGCUGCAGAAUUCGAUGAAGCUUCCGGACAGUAUAAUCCGGUCCCUGAUACUCAACAACGUCGACCUCGUCCUAGUCACCGGCCCCAGCCGUCGCUGUCUGCAAGCCCAUAUGAUAUCGUCUUCGUCGAUGGCACAGAGAACGGUCCCAGCGACCAGCCUUCUAACGAGCCCGGCUCGCCACCAGACUUCUCCGUCGACUAUAAUGAUGGACAGCGUAUACAGCCCCCUUCCAAUGACGAAGUCGAUUCAUUUGUGGCUCCUGCAGAGCCGAGCAUAUACGAUCUCCCAAACGCUGACCCGGAGGACGUCAACACAGUACCGGACCAGCCAUACAUCGAACCUCUCGAUUCCAACGCUCCACCUGCUAAAUUGCCUCUCGAUAUUGUCGCCCCUGUCCCAAUCCCUGCACCAGUUCCUACUCCCUUGACCCAACCAUUCGAACCAGACUUUGUCCCAGACCCAGGCUACAUCAAUCCGAAUUGGCAUCCUGAGGCUCAAGCUCAGUCAGCACCCGUAGUCGCCGAUGCCAGAGUUGCUGCGAAGGCUGCAGCAUCCCUUGCGGCAUUGCCAAUUGAGGGGGAAGUAUCUACCGAUAUGGAGGAUGCAGCGAUUUGGGCAAAGCCGAUGACAAAUUCACGUCCGGAGUCGGUGGCCUGCGGUGCGAGGAGGCGUAGGAAAGCCAAGCGUGGAUCGCAGUAA